UGAAUGGCUCAUAGGCAUAUUAGUUAUACUAUAAUCCAAUCAUGGAACUUAAAGAUUCGUUUGUAUUAGUGUCGCAUUGACUGAUGUGUCGUAUAUAUCUAUCAUAGCCCUAUGGAAUAAUACUGUUGUCAUGUCCAGAACAAAUGUUCAUUUAUAUCCAGUACAUAUGCGCGUAGUAUAUGCAAUAUGGAUGUAAGCGGUUUUGGUAUAGCACGCGAUGUGCGUAAGCAAACAUCGGAGAAGUCAGAAUUUCCUACAUUAUGUGAAACAUGUCUUGGACCGAAUCCUCUCAUACGUAUGCUGAAGGAGCGCUGCGGUAAGGAAUGCAAGAUAUGCGAGCGUCCUUUCACUAUGUUCCGUUGGAAGCCUGGUCCUAAAGCUCGUUACAAGCAAACUAUCGUUUGCCAAAGUUGUUCGAAGAUGAAGAAUGUAUGUCAAACAUGUCUUUUUGAUCUUGAGUAUGGUUUACCUGUACAGGUACGUGACGAGUAUUUGAAGAACGGUUUGGAACUGUCUGAGGUAAAGGCCAAUUUAAAUCACCAGCUGGGUAAGCUAGAAGCUGGUACAUUAGAGUUACCUAAAUCUGAAUCCAACCCGAUGUUGGAAAAGCUGGCUCGCGUAGCUCCCUACUAUCGCAGAAAUAAACCCAGGAUUUGUACAUUUUGGCUUCGCAAUGCUUGUAACCGUGGUGAAGAGUGUCCAUAUUCACAUGACAAUGAUGACAUUAAACAUCAUGACCCUUCAUUGGCAAAACAGAACAUUAAGGAUCGUUUCCGUGGUGAGAAUGACCCCGUUGCUAAUAAGAUUUUCAAGCGUAUUGAAGAGGCCAAGCAGAAGGACGAGGAAUCCGAGGAAUCUAGAACUCUAGUCAAGGAGGGCGUCUACCCAUCCAUGUUGCCUCACGAAGCUCAGCGUCGGCGUUGAAGGUUUCGACCGUCUAUU